GGGGAAGAAUUCAUCAACGAGGUCUCCACAAUUGGCAGGAUUCACCACGUAAAUGUAGUGCAACUUGUUGGCUUCAGUUCAGAGGGAUCCAAAAGGGCUCUCGUAUAUGAGUACAUGCCCAACGGGUCACUUGAUAAGUAUAUCUUCUCGCCAAGCGGAACGAGACACCGUCCUUCGUAUUUCACUUGGGAUAAACUCAAUGAUAUAGCACUAGGAGUGGCUCGAGGUAUCGAUUAUCUACAUCGUGGAUGUGAUAUGCAAAUUCUACACUUCGACAUCAAGCCUCAGAACAUCCUCCUUGACCAAAAUUUCACCCCAAAGAUUUCAGAUUUUGGACUUGCAAAGUUGUAUCCGAAGGAAUAUGGCCUGGUGUCCAUGAGUGCUGCCAGAGGGACGAUAGGAUAUAUAGCUCCUGAAUUGAUAUCUAGGAAUUUUGGGGUGAUAUCUGAUAAAUCUGAUGUUUAUAGUUUUGGAAUGUUACUCUUGGAGAUGGCAGGGGGAAGGAGGAAUGUGGAUCAAAAGGUGGAGAAUUCAAGUCAGGUUUACUAUCCUUCAUGGAUCUAUGAUCAGCUUGCGCCGGGGAAAGAACUCGAAAUCAAUAACAGUAUAGAAAUUGGUGAUGCGGAGAGAAAGCUGUGUAUAGUGGGUUUAUGGUGCAUUCAGAUGAAGUCAUCUAGUCGUCCGUCGAUGAGCGAAGUUAUAGAGAUGCUGGAAGGUGAUCUCAAGAGCCUGCACAUGCCACCCAGACCUUGUUUUGCUUCGUCGCAGCCUAUAUCUGUAAGACAGUCUUGCAUGGAUUCUUCUCUCAGCGAAUUAUCGAUCAUCUCCGAGCAUGACGAACUUUCCUGAAUAGACCACUAAAGUGGAUCUUGCUAGAAUGUGAUGACUCCCAACUCUCCAAGGCCUUGCAAGACUAGUUUCACAGUGCAACCUACUUUGAUCUGAGUCAUGGCGAUGAUAUUAUAUUUUCUUGUAUUAUUAUUUAAGCAUCAUAUUAUAUUAUGUAAUUAGUUCAAUAUCUUUGUGGCUCUAUCUAUGAAAAAUUUCUUAGCAGAUCAAUCAUGAAUUGCAAAACUGAUUUGAAAGAUGAUUA